UGUCCCUCUUGGUCAGUAGCUGAAACCCGUGUUGGCUGAUGGGACAGAAAGGCUGGGCUGUAGAUUCACAGUGGACUCCGGCCUCUAGGAGGUGGGAUCCAGUUGUGAUUGAACUGCUGGAGGUGGAGAGCCGCUGUCCCAGCCUCCCGCGCCCCGCGGCCGCGCCCGUGGAGCUGAGCCUGUACUACGAGAGCCUGUGCCCGGCGUGCCGUGAGUUCCUGGUCCUGAAGCUCUUCCCCACCUGGCUGCUGCUGCCCCAAGAGAUGCUGAGCAUCACCCUGGUGCCCUACGGCAACGCCCAGGAGAGGAACGUCAGCGGCAAGUUGGACUUCAAGUGCCAGCACGGCCCCGAGGAAUGUUUGGGCAACAUGAUGGAGGCCUGUCUGAUGCACGAGGCCAAGAACUUCAGCACCUACUUCCCCGUCAUCUUCUGCCUGGAGUCGGGCAGCUCUGUCACCAAGAACCUGGAGGCUUGCCUGCAGAUCUAUGCCCCAGAGGUGGACAGUGGCCGCAUCAGCGCCUGCGUGCAGGGGGACACAGGGGUGGCCCUGAUGCACCAUAACGCCCAACUGACCGAUGCACUGGACCCCCCACACCAGUACGUGCCCUGGAUCACCGUCAAUGGGGUAUGGCAGGGAGCACCAGGGCUCCAGGGAGGACUGGGACACCGUGGGGACCCCCCUGACCAGCCCUGUGUCCCCCCACAGAAGCACACGGAUGAGCUGCAGGCACAGGCAGAGGCCUCGCUGCUGGGGCUGGUUUGCCACCUCUACCAGGGGGAGAAGCCUGAAGCUUGUGGAGGCUCUAAGGCCCCAAAGCUCCCACCUGGCUGCAGACGCUGAGGGACAUUGUAGGAGCGCCGAGAGAGAUGCCAAUAAAAAGGAUAUUUUUAUUGAAAA